AUGUGGAACGACGAGGAUAACAACCCGUACGGAACCAGCUUCGAUAGACGGGAUUCGCAAUCAUCGUCCAUCAACCCGACCUCUCCGUCCACUCGGGAAUAUCAGCGCUUCGAACCCCCUCAAACGCCAACCUCCGACAGCGACAAUGAACACAACCAUGGCGUAAUUCAUGACGACAGCGAUGAUGACGAUGAGGAUUUGACACAAGAUGCUGGCCCAAAGCGCAAGCCUGGCGGCUACGAUAGUCGCAUCGAGCAGAUUCUCUAUGAGAACCCCAAACUGUCCAUUCUCAUCACGGAUGCUGGCAAGAGCAUAGAGAGUGGCGGCAGGUACAUUGUGUACACUAUCAAAACUGGAGAUCUUGAGGUACGCCGCCGAUACUCAGAGUUCGCUUCUUUGCGCGAUGCUCUUACUCGUCUUCACCCUACUCUCAUUGUUCCUCCCAUCCCUGAGAAACACACCAUGGCCGAUUAUGCUGCCAACCCAACGAAUGCGAAGCAAGAUCAACAAAUCAUUGAUUUGCGCAAGCGCAUGUUGGCAGUGUUUUUGAACCGUUGUCGCCGGAUGGAAGAGAUUCGAACAGAUGGGGUCUGGUGGCGAUUCUUUGACCCGAAUGCCAGCUGGGCGCCUCCACUGAACCCUGCGAACCCAACUCCUGCGCACAACUACUUACCCAUUCCGGCUGCGUCGGCAAAGUUGAAGACGGUGGCCGGUACCAACCACGACAACAGCUCAGGCCAUAUCCAAGCAGGACCCCAUGCCUUUGGUCGAUUUCCACCUGAAGGGCAUAAUCUCGGCGAACAGGAACUCGACCCUUACUUCAUAUCUUACGAAUCUUCGAUUAAGGACCUUGAGCAACUUCUGACUGGACCCAUGGAAAAGGUGAACCGACGAACCCUCAGCCAUCUUUCAUCAUUGGCAGCCGAUCUUUGUGAGUUGGGCUCCGUUUACAAUGCCUUUGCGGUUUCGGAGCAGGCACCAUCACUCGGACCUGCUAUUGAGCGCAUAGGCCAGGCGGCUGAUCUGUCAUACAUUGCGACCGAGGAACUGUCGGGCUCUCUGGGCGCAAGCUUUGCCGAACCGAUGCGCGAGCAUGCGCAAUUUGCAGGUGUUGUCAGGAGCGUGCUAAAGUACCGCGUGCUUAAGCGUGUACAGCAAGAUCUCACAACUGAAGAGCUAAGCAAGAAGCGAGCACUCCUUGACCAACUAGAGCAAAGCGAAGCCGAAGCUCGAAGGAUCGAAAACUACCUAUCCAGCAGUCAACAAAUUUCACCGCCGCCAAAGCGAUCGACAAGCCUUAGGGAGCCGCCCUCUCACCAGCGACGGGAUGGUAGUCAGGAGGACACUGAGUCCAUUGAUUCUGAUUUCCCAGGGACACAUGGUGACUUCUCAUCUCAUACCCCUUCAGCCAGUCAAGGAUUGCCCGAAAGAAGUACCAGUGUGCCCUCUCAUAAGAAGAUGCCCAGUGGGAACUCGAUAACGAACAAGAUCUUUGGGCCCAUUCGCCAUGCCGUGCAAGGAGUUGUUGACGUUGAUCCGGAGAGAACUCGCCGUGAUUUGAUCGGAAAGACGAGAGAGAGCAUCGGUCAGCUGGAGCAAGCCCAGGUUGUCUCGGAAAAGGAUGUCAAAGAGGCCAGCGCUAGUGUGCUGAAGGACAUGAAACGUUUCCAAAAGGAUAAGGAGGAUGACUUGCGACGAUACAUGCUUGCGUAUGCGCAAAGUCAAAUCGAAUGGGCGAAAAAGAGCAAGCAGCAAUGGGAAGAGGCUCGAGCAGAGGUAGAGAAGAUUGAUGAGUCCUAA